GUCCUUCCUCGAGACGAACCGCAGUCGUUGUUCUUGUUGGCAGGGUGAAAAAUGGCGCGCUCGAUGAAUGGAGCUAUGGUCGCCUUGGCGUUUUUCGGGGUGUUGAGUGUAGUGGCCGCGUCUGGCAGUGAAGAUGACACCGACGUGUGCGACUUGGCGAAUGUGAACUUGGAUUCCCUGAAGGGUCCGUGCGACGCGAUGGCCUCGAACUUGGAAAGGGGAGGAGAGUGCUGCAGCAAGAUCGAUGCACUGAUGGCGGAAGUGCUGGAGAACUCGAGGUUUAACCAGGAAUGCGGGGUGCAAUUGCUUAACAAGCUCGCAAUGAACGGAUACCCCAUGAUCGCACUCGAUUACGUCGACAAGUGCCUUGGAGACGAGAGGAGAGCGCUCCAGGCAGAAUCGUCGUCGUCAUCAGUGACGACUAAGACCCCCACUCCUACUCCAGCUGGUAAAUCCAACGACAAGGCUGCGCCGUCGUCACACAGCUCGGCUCCGGCUGCGGCGAUCCCGAUUCUGAUGCAGUUGGCUUGUUCAAUCGCUAUCUCUACCAAACCGAUUCAAGCUGACGAUUUAAGAUAAUGUUGGACUCCCCUGCAACUCUUUGAGACUCACAUAUCAACUGGUAUAGCUGUUUUUUUUAGGGUUGAUGAAAUUUUACUUUUCGGGUUUAAAAUGCUAUCCGGACAAUCACACUUAAUCAUGAUACGAAAUCAAAUGGGUGACAUGAA